GAAAGUGCCAAUACUAAAAACUGUUCUAAUCUCCGUAUCCUGAAAGAAAGAAAGUGUCGCGGAACCUAUCUACCACUGUCGCUGUAUCUUGGUUCCGGUUUCGUCGUGUCCCGCACUGUAUCCUGGAAGAGCCGUAAUAAUAUCAUCCAAUUUGUUCCCCGCUGAAUCCCAAGACGAAAACUCAAGAUUUACCUCCAGCGAACUACAUCCUGAAAAUCAAGUACCAUGUUCCUGCUAACACUAAUCCUCGCCACUCACUGUAACGCCGCCCUGGGUAUUGAUGGCAAUCAAUAUGUGGAACCCAUUACAAAGAGUCCUGGUAUACUCUUCGACCCUGUCGGAACUUUAAAAUUAAUUAAUGACCAAUUUCAUAUUGUAAUUCCUAUGGACGUCUCACCAUAUAAAGUAUACAUUGAAAAUAUUCAUGAAACAUUUAACCUUGUACGCUUUCAGUGUCGAGAAAACAGUGGUUUGGACAACAUAAAGUAUCAGAAUAUUCUACAACCUUUAGAUUCACUAUUCAAAGAUAUUUUACGUGACUUCGACUCUAUCUCACACAUAAUAUCUAAUGGCAUAUCAAAACGAUCAGCAUGGUUUGCUGGUGUAGGUGUUGUAUUUAAACACAUUUUUGGCACUAUGAAUGAGGAUGAUGCCAAACACUAUAACGAAGCCAUUAAGACCUUGUAUGAUAAUGACAAGAUCAUAACUAAUUCUGUUAAGAAAAGUAUUAUUGUAUCCCAAAUAGCAAUGUCAAAUAUGAAUCAAUCCCUGCAAGAAAUGAAUCUGAACCAAGCUAAGCUAAGCGAUGCUAUUGACAGAAUGUCUAUAGCAGUAAAUAAUGUUUCUCAAGCCAUACAAUUAGAUAACUUCAAAACAAAUCUUAACUCCAUUUUAAACAUAUUACAAUCAAGUCUAUUGACUCUUUCCUUCAAAGUAGAGGACAUCCUUAACUCUAUUCUGUUCGUUAAAGCUAACAUACUACAUCCGUCUGUAUUAACUCCAAAUCAAUUGUAUAGAGAAAUACUAACUAAUCUUAAAGUAGUUCCUAAAUAUAGAGAUUUCCCAAUAAGUCUAGAUUUAAGUAAUAUCCAUGUUCUGCUGAACAUCGCUGAUUUAGUUUGCUAUUAUCUAGAUAAUAAGUUAGUUUUUGUCGUUAAGAUACCUUUAGUAAACGCUCUAGAUUAUAAUUUAUAUAAAAGUAUACCUUUACCAACUUCACAUAUAGCUGAAGAUGCUAACUCAUUUGCGAUGAUUAUACCUUCUUCCGAAUUUAUCGCACUAAGCAAAGACAAGUCCUCGUUUACGUUUCUCAAGGAUACUAGUCUCUGUAAGAAUGUUAUUACUAUGAAAACGUUUCUUUGUGAUAUGACAGAUAUUUAUAUUGUAGCUGGAAGCCCAUCCUGUGAAAUAGAACUAAUAACAAAAGCUGUAACGAAAUUGCCUCAAACCUGUCAGUACAGGAUCGUUUAUGGCGAUUUAGAUAUCUGGCAUAAACUACAUAACGAAAAAUGGGUAUUUGUUCAAUCAAAACCCGCAAAGUUAUCUAUUGAAUGUAUAAAUAAUAAAAUAACGGAAUUAAUUAUCUCCGGAACCGGUGUACUUACUAUACCACUAGAUUGCAUAGCUUAUCAUAAGAAUUCUAGAUUUGUAAGUAAACUAUCAACUAGUAUUAAUGUUCCCAUUGUAAAACCAACUUUUAAUAUCCUUAAUGACAGUUGUUGUACACUAGAUCGUCUUAAGGCAGUAAACCUACCAAGUAUUAAAAUCCAAAAUGUCAACUUAGAAAACCUUAAAACUUUAGAUUUAGUAUCGGAUCAAGUCGUGAAAGACUUAGAUUCAAUAGCUAAUCCAUUAAAGUGGAAUAAUCAUGUUACUUUUCCUAUCUUAAGUAUUGUAUCUUUUAUUUUAUGUCUCUGUUUACCUUUAGCUUAUAUUUGUAAAAAGCACAAGUAUUUCUACAAAUUAUUUAAGAAAUCCGACGAUCCGAUCCGAGAAAGUUCUAAUGUCGACCCUGAAGUCCAAUCAAUCGAACCUCGCUUACGCAUUGGCUAACGAAAACUUACCCUUUCCGUAAGUUUCCUCUUAACAUGGGGGUUGUUAUAUCCUUCCCCAUGCUAGCAAUAAUGCUGAGACAGUGAUGCCUCAGUCCUAUUGCAUAUCAAAUAUAAUGGAAAGGGACAGUUAGUCUUCCACCGGCAUUCAAGGGAAAUACUCGUGUUUUAUUGACCAAUCCCAUAUUGUUUGAUAUUUUCUAUUUCCUUUUUUUUAUAUUAAAGUUCUAUAGCAAGUAAUAAAU